UAAAACCGUGAGUAUGUUUGAUUUAUGUAGACUAAAUUUAGAUCUUCUUAAUAAAAGGGAUCCCGAUUACGUGUAUACAUUUAUGUGGAUUCUCGGAAGUUAAAGUUUACGUUUCUUACAUAUUCAAAUACUGUGUGAACAUUCAAGCAUAUAAGCAUUGCAGAAAAAUACCAUUAUGGAUAUCUUAAAUGAUAGACUAGAAACUUUUCAAAAUUGGCAGUACAAACCUUCACCUUUAAAGUUGGCUGAAGCUGGUUUCUAUUCAACAGGUUACCAUGACAUAGUGAUGUGUUUUAGCUGUAGAACAUCGCUUCGUUAUUUCAAGGAAGACGACGACCCAAUGCUGAUACAUGAAGAAGUGUCAAAGAUGUGCCCUUUUCUGACAAAUAGGCCUGGAUUUUCAAAACCUGCUGCAUUGUCGUCAGAUGUUUCAAUAAAAGCACCAGUGACCUCAGAUAUGUCAAUAUCUGAACUAGAGGAGGACAACCGGCGACGACGGGCCAUGUUGGAGUGCAGGGUCUGUAGAGAGAGGCCGUCCUGCAUGUUGCUGAUACCCUGUGGACAUAGGGCGAUCUGUGGGGAGUGCGCACCAAACACCAGUACGUGCCCAGACUGUGAAAGAGAGGUCACAAAGACAGUGAAGACAUACAUAGCCUAAAUGUUCUAUUUAAUCGAACAUGAACGCUAUAUAUAGUCGUUUGACUCAAAUGCUUUUAAUAGCAAUCCAAGGGAUCCCAAUAGACCCAUGUGUGCAACUGAUAUAGUUCAGUUAUGUAUAUAUAUUUAAAAAAGAAACUACUCAAUUUCGUGUUGAACAUUAGCGAAUGUUUUCCAUAUCUGUGCAUAUCUAGGAUUGAAAUGUGUUUGAUAAGAAUAAAUGUGUUCAUGUUACAAUAGCUUGGAUUUGCAGUUAUUUACUUUUAAGAAAAAAGUUGCAAACAGUCUCACAAGAAAGUAGCCAUGCAAAACAGACACAUUUCUCAAAGAGUACUGUCCAUGCAAGAUUUUGGAAGGACCAGAUAUUGGUUCAAUGUAACAGAAUGGGCAAGAUCGGGAUUUUUUAAACAUGCUCAUGGAGCUCUGCGCUGUUUUUGCUGCAACAACAUUAUAUGUCCAACACCUGGCGAUGACCCUUGGAUGUCCCACGCUACGUUUGCCAGAUUUCCCCACUGCAUGAAUGUGAUUGCUGAAAAGGGAAUUGACUUCAUAAACCGGGCAUACAGCAUGGAAAACAAUGGGGUUUGGGCGCCAAGUAUAGUACAGCGAGGUGCAAUUGCAGUGACCGCAAAUAUACGAGAAAGGAGGUUUGAACCCGGAAGAGAAGUUCAAAUAUAUGAAGACAAUCCUCAAGGUGUCCAGCGAUUCUUAACACCAACCUUGUUAUAUGACUUGAAGGACACAUACAGGGGAAGGAUAACGGAUUUUCGCACCUUGACCGGGAUACAGUACCGGGACCCGAUGGAAGCACAUUUGUUGUCGGCUGAAGCCAGAAACCACACGUUUGGGAACAUUCAAGGAGAUAUCGAAAUGCCAACUUCGCAAAAUAUGGCCGAAGCUGGAUUCAUUUACAUAGGAGGAAGGAUUUGCCGGUGUUACUAUUGUGGCAUUGCUAUCUCUGACUGGUAUGUCAAUGACGACCCUUGGGAAAGACACGCUCGCUUUAACAAUGGGUGUUACCACGUUAUAUUAUCAAAGGGGGAGAACUACAUUCGAGAUGUGUUUGCAAACGGUUGAAGGUUAAAUCCCAAGCAGGGGUGACAUUAAACCCGGAAACAGCAUGCCAAGAGUUGGGUCUGUUCGAUAAGAUGGGAGGAGAGGACACAUCAAGACGUGUGUUAUUACCGUUUUGUUGUCAACAUUUAAAACAUAAUACGUUAGUUAACCUAAGAUGGAUGACAGUUCAGUUGAAACUUUUGUUCACAUGUAUUGGGGACAUGCGAGUUGUUGAUGCUUACUUAUCAGAAUAAUUAUGUAGUGACUUUUUUCAAGUGUAUAUUUUGCAUUAUUUUGUUACUCUAUCGAAGAGAUAUGUCGUAUUAUUGUUCUUAUCACGUUUUGAAUUUUAAAUGCGUUUCACGCAAUUGAAAUGUUAAUGUAAAACCUUUGUUUAUUUAUAUCAAGUGAUUGUCAGAAUAAAAUGGA